AAGCGCCGGAAGCCACGCUGUGCGGCUGCAGGGGAGGGUCGCGCUCCGUGUCUGAAUUGCUCGUCAGGCGGAGGGUGUGGGGCUGGGGGGGCUGUGGGGGUGCGGCCCUCGCCCCCGCCCCAAUGGAGGCUGCUGGGGUGGCCCCUAUCAGAGCCCAGUACCUCUCUACAAAAGAAAAGUUCCACACGUACCUUGAUCAGGAAGGGGAGGUGACGAAUGAGAAAGAUGGCGAUGUGCUGGCUGCAGAGGACAGUGCAGAGAAUAAUACCAGUGGAGACCUGAAUGAGCCUCCUGCCAAACUGCAGAAGCUGGGAAAAGAUGAAAGCAAUGCAGAAGAAAAGAGCCCGCCGGAAGAGGAAAACAGAACUGCGAAGGAUCCUCGGGGCCAAAAGAGGGCCCGGGGACAGAAUAAGGGCCGCCCUUGCAUGAAGCCGACUCAGUACGAGAAGAACCGCCUCUGCCCAUCAGUCGUCCAGGAACGGGCCGAUAAGUGCUUCUUCGGCUCACGCUGCCGUUUCCUACACAGCGUCAAAGAAUAUAUGGCCACCAAGCCGCCGGACCUGGGAGACACCUGCAUACUCUUCAAGAUGUUCGGCAGGUGCAUGUAUGGGGUGACCUGCAGGUUUGCUGCAGCCCACCUGGGCGAGGACUACGAGAACGUCAUCAAUGAAGGCCUCUUGAAGCAGCGGGAGGGGAAGCCGCCAGCCGUGAAGAACAGCCUCAGCAAAGACCUCCAGCAGCAGCUGCGCAAAAAGAAGUUCCCUUUCGAAAAGUCCAACCAGUACCUCUGCCGCUUAGCUAAGCCCAACCACGUGAAGGGGGCUGGGAGGCAAGCGGCGGUCCCACAACCCGCCGUGGGGAGAGAGGCCGCGGACUCUUCCGCCUCCCCAGGAAGUGUGGAUCUCAGAGCUGCAGGAGAAGAGGCGGCAAAGGUUGCUCCUUCGCCGCCAAACGAAGGUCCCACGGUGGAGGAACCGGAGAGUCCAAGUCAGCCGCCGGCCGCAAUGGAAUCCGCACUCAAAACGUCUGGGGUUGUGACAGAUGAAGAUCUUGUGAAAGUCAGGCCGUGCGAGAAGAGAAAGCUAGAUCUCCGCGAGAAGCUUUAUUUAGCUCCUUUAACAACGUGCGGCAACCUUCCUUUCCGAAGAAUAUGCAAGCGGUUUGGGGCGGACGUCACCUGCGGCGAGAUGGCCGUUUGCACGAACCUGCUCCAGGGGCAGUCGUCCGAGUGGGCAUUGCUGAAGAGACACAACACAGAGGAUCUUUUUGGCGUUCAGCUGGAAGGAGCGUUCCCAGACACCAUGACCAAGUGUGCAGAGCUUCUCAACCGGACCAUCGAAGUGGAUUUUGUGGACAUCAAUGUGGGCUGCCCAAUCGACCUCAUCUAUAACAAGGGGGGAGGAUGUGGCUUAAUGAGCCGCCCCAACAAGUUCGAGCAGAUUGUCCGAGGCAUGAACUACGUGCUAGAUGUUCCCUUGACCGUGAAGAUCCGGACCGGGGUGCAAGAGAAAACCAACCUGGCUCACAAGCUAAUUCCCAGCAUCCGGGAGUGGGGUGCCUCUAUGGUCACGCUUCAUGGCCGGUCGAGGGAGCAGCGGUACACAAAGGCGGCAAACUGGGAGUACAUAGCAGAGUGCGCAAAAAUUGCCAGUCCGAUGCCUCUUUUCGAUCAGUGGUCAGCAGCCGAACUGGCCUGUGGGCUGCCACAAAGAAUGUCACGGGGGUCAAGGAGCGAAUCGUUUCUCUCCUCCUCUCUGAAAUCUCUAGAUUGGACUCUUGGAGGGAACGGAGAUAUCUUGUCUUUCGAAGAUGCUAAUCAAGCCAUGCAGAGUGGAGUUUCGGGAAUUAUGAUUGCUCGGGGGGCGCUGAUCAAGCCCUGGAUCUUCACUGAAAUCAAAGAGCAGCGGCACUGGGACAUCUCGUCGGGAGAGAGGCUCGACAUCCUCAAGGACUUCACCAACUACGGCUUGGAGCAUUGGGGAUCGGACACGCAGGGAGUGGAGAAAACCAGGAAGUUUCUGCUGGAGUGGCUCUCCUUUCUCUGCAGGUACAUUCCAGCCGGCUUACUGGAGCGCCUACCUCAGAGGAUUAACGAAAGACCCCCUUACUACAUGGGCCGGGACUAUUUGGAGACCUUAAUGGCAAGCCAGAACGUGGGUGACUGGGUUAAGAUCAGUGAGAUGCUUCUGGGUCCGGUUCCUGCCAGCUUCACUUUCCUUCCAAAACACAAGGCAAAUUCUUACAAGUAGGAGGACCGCCGUCGUUGGGGGAAGCGCUGUCUCCAAUGCACAUCUUGCAUAUCUCUUGGUUUUGAAUAAUAAUAAAAAAAGUUCUUUUUUU